GAGGAUUCGGUGAUCGAGCGGCAAUUGCAUCAAGGUCAACCAUGGUGCCUGCUGAAUGGUGGUUUAUGUAUGGGAAUCAAACACCUACAUUGAGAAAGUUAGCCAUCAAAGUUCUCUCACAAACUGCGUCAUCUUCUGCAUGUGAGAGAAAUUGGAGCACGUUUGCUCUCAUCCACACAAAGCAACGAAAUCGUUUGGCUUACUCUCGAUUGGAGCAAUUAGUGUUUUGUUACUAUAAUAUGAGGCUAAAGUUACGCGAUAUGGAGGCAGAAAAUGAUCGAGUUGCUGAAAAAGAUUACCUUGAUCUCCUUGACAUUUCAGCCGAGGUGGGUGAAGAAGAAGAUAAUCAGUUGUUCCAGUGGGUUAGACCUAUACACUUGGAUGACGAAGUUGGAAAUCCUGAUCCACGAAUUGCCGCUCAUGCUCGAGAAUUUGGAGUUAAUGUUGAACGUGUGUUGUCCGAAGAAGUUCACUCUGAAAGUUUUAGCAAAGAUACUGAUGAUUCUCUUCAUGCGACAUAUUCCCAGCAAGAGAUUGACUCCACAAGUGCUGGCCAUAGUAGUAGACCUAGUGCUGCAGGUACUUCUGCUUCUGGUUACGAUGGUUCAAGAGGUGGAACUGAUGAUGGAGGUGAUAAUGGGGGAGGAGAUAUUGAUGAACGUCGACAUAGUCAAUAUCCAAUCAACCAAUUUACUUGUGAAAAUGAUUUCACACACUGCACACAGGAUGAAGACCAUGGCUCUAGAAGAGCUGGUCCAGGCAUAGGAGCUAUUGGGAGGCCUUAUAGAGGAAGAGAACGAAUGAUGGAACCAUAUAACGAGGAGUUACUUUCAGGGAGUUUUGAAUCUAUGAGUAUAGGGACUCAAUUUAGUGACUCCUCGAAUGAGGCUAACGUCUACCCUCCUCAUGUGAUGAGUUAUGGUCAACCUUCAAGUUCAACAGAUGAAGAGUAUGGUAUGUCACAUUAUUCCCCUUCCAGACAAAUGCCAUACCAAAUUCCAUAUCAGAUGGAAGAAGGAUUUGGCGUUAACACAUGGGUGAACUUUGAGUAUCCUAUCCAUGUAGAAGCAGUAGGCAGGACUCAAGAGAUAUAUGCAUGGCAUGUUAGAAUUUAUAACCAAUAUUAUCGAGGCUCAUUGACUUGGUACCAAUAUUGUCUCCAACAGCAAGCCGGGGUUCCUUCAUCUAUCAAUCCCAUUGAACCACAUCGAAACUCAUUUUGGUACUAAAGGGACAUUGCAAUGUAAUGUGUACAAAUUAUUGUUAUUUAAUGAAAUGAAGUAUUUGAUGUGA